CCAGAGGCUUCCUGCAGCCGGAGGGAGGAGCUGGCGGGGCAAUGGCUCAGGCACCAGUGAUCCGUGUGGCCCCAGAGCAGCCCACCCAUGGUGUGUGUGUGCUGGGCACUGAGUCUCGGGUCGACGUCUUCAGCUCUGCCCCCAAGGGCUGCACGUCCUUCAGCAUCAGUGCCUCCCCAGAAGUGGUCGUGAAUGUUGCCCACGUCCGUCCAGUCAAGAAGAAGCCCACAGGUUCUUCCACAUGGCCCCUGGGCCCUAGGCUGGAGGUGACCAUGACAAUGAAGGCUCCUAGCAAUAGUACAGAUGACCAGAAGGUUCGAAUUUCAUACUAUGGACCUGAGUCCCAGCCAACCCAAGCUCUGCUCUACCUCACUGGAGUUGAAAUCUCCCUGCUCACAGACAUCACCCGCACGGGCAAAGUGAAGCCGGGCAAAGUGAAGCCGACCAGAAAAGCCAGGAACAACCAGAGGACCUGGACCUGGGGCCCUCACGGACAGGGCGCCAUCCUCCUGGUGAACUGUGACAAAGACAAUCCCAAAUCCUCCACCAUGGACUUCAAGAAUAAUGAAGUGAAUAACAGCAAAGAUCUCCAAGACAUGUCGCUGAUGACCUUGAGCACAAAGACCCCCAAGGACUUCUUCACCAAGUAUCAGCUGGUGCUCCAUGUGGCCAAAUCAGAGAUGAGCAAAGUGCGCGUAUUUCAUGAGAAAUGGAGCAAGUCGCCCUCCAAGUACGAGGAGGUCCUGGGACCCAAGCAGCCAUCUCAUGCCCUGGAGCUCCCUGGUGGCCAGCAAAGCACCAACUUCUAUGUGGAGGCCCUCGAUUUCCCAGACGCAAGCUUCUCGGGGCUCAUUUCCCUCGGCAUCUCCCUGCUGGAUACAUCCAACCCAGAGAUUCCUGAAGCACUGGUUUUCCAAGAUAGCGUGACCUUCCGCGUGGCCCCAUGGAUUAUGACCCCCAACACCCAGCCCCCGCAGGAGGUGUAUGUGUGCAGGAUUUCUGAAAACAAGGACUUCCUGAAGUCAGUAACUGCUCUGGCCAAGAAAGCCAAGUGCAAGCUGACCAUCUGCCCCAUGAAAGAGAACAAGAACGACCAGUGGAUACAGGAUGAAAUAGAGAUUGGCUACAUCCAAGCCCCGCAUAAAACGCUGCCGGUGGUCUUCGACUCCCCACGGAACAGAGGCCUGAAGGACUUCCCCAUCAAGAGCUUGCUGGGUCCAGAUUUUGGCUAUGUGACUCGAGAGAGCAAAAUAGGGCAGAUCACCGGCCUCGACUCAUUUGGGAAUCUGGACGUGAGCCCCCCAGUCACAGUUGGGGAGAAGGAAUAUCCACUCGGCAGGAUUCUCAUCGGGAACAGCAGUUACCCCAGCAAUGACAGCCGAGAGAUGCACUGGGCCCUGCAGACCUUCCUUGAUGCCCAGCAGGUGCAGGCCCCUGUGAAGCUCUAUUCUGACUGGCUGGAUGUGGGCCACGUGGACGAGUUCCUGAGCUUUGUGCCAGCAAAGGACAGAAAGGGAUUCCGUCUGCUUCUGUCCAGCCCGAGAGCCUGCUACAAAUUGUUCCAGAAGCAGGAAGAGGAGGGCCAUGAAGAGGCUGUGCUGUUUGAAGGGGUCGAGACAGAAAAAGGGCAGCAGAAAAUAAAGCACAUUCUAUCGAACAAGAAAUUGAGAGACCAUAACUCAUAUGUGGAGCGCUGCAUUGACUGGAACCGAGAGGUGCUGAAGCGGGAACUGGGCCUGGAGGAGUGUGACAUCAUCGACAUCCCCCAGCUCUACAGGCUCCUGAAGGACGACAACGCGACCCUCAAGGCAGAAGCCUUUUACCCAAACAUGGUGAACAUGCUGGUGCUGGGGAAAUACCUGGGCAUCCCCAAACCCUUCGGACCCAUCAUCAAGGGCCGCUGCUGCCUAGAGGAGGAGGUGCGGUCCCUGCUGGAGCCUCUGGGCUUGCACUGCAUCUUUAUCGACGACUUUGACUCCUACCACGUUCAUCGCGGGGAGGUGCACUGCGGCACCAACGUGCGCCGGAAGCCCUUCUCCUUCCAGUGGUGGAAGAUGGUGCCCUGAGCCCGGCCCCUCCCAGAAUCCUCUCCUCCAACACCUCCUGGCCAGAGGCUUCUGGUCCCCUGCGGUGUCACAGUGUACAGCUCUUGGGGACAUUUUGGCUCCCCAGAGGUGACCAACCCUUCCAGCAAUGGCUUGCUUCCUUGGAUCCCAAGAUCGUCUUGGCAUUGCAAGCUCAGUUCUGGCUACAAGAAGCUGCAAUAAAGUUUUGGAUUUUUAAAAA